UUCUGAGGUAGCAAGCAAGUAGCCAAGGCUUUAAUUUUUCUACCACUAUGACAAGCGGUGGACAGACAGCUGGAGAAAGACGGACAGUCCGGGAGAUCUGAGGGGAAAGUCAUUUGAUGGACAUCAGUUGGAUUUAACCCCCUCCCCCUUUCAUCCCCCUGCCAGCCUCAUCCCCACAAAUCCUCUCCCUCACUCUCGCUCUCUAUCCAGUUCCACUGGCUCUCUUCAUGUAAGAUUACCAUCGGCUACUAGCACUAAAGCACCGGGAGUGAGGGGAAGCUGAGGCUGACCCAAAACAGGGAAAAAGACUGCAGAGGAAGCCCCUGGACUGAAGCAUAAAAAACACGGUAAAAAAAAGCUGCAGAGGGUUGCUACCCUGCCUGGCCUGUUUCUCAUUGACAGACACACACAGGAUGUACAGCUCUGGUCUGAAGCUUGCCACACCGUGGAUCAAUACCCUCCUGCCUGCCUUUUUCUUAUGCAUUUUUUCUCAAGGGAAAGUGAAGCAUCUUGGGAUUUACUAUCAUUUCGUUUCCACCUAACUACAGCGAGGCAAGCCCCGCCGGACAGCACUUUCACCUGACCGUGUCCAACCUGUGUGCGUAUGAGUGUGUCUGUGUUUGUUUGUGUGUGUAAUUAGUUAGCUUGGUGCCAGAGGGAGUGUAUAUUUGCUUACAUGUGCAUCCGUGUGAGCUGCUUGGCUUGUAAUUACUUGUAUGUGUCUGUGGGUGCCGUCUUGUGUCCAUGUGUGUGUGGGUAUAAAUGUAGGAAUUUUGUGUGGAUGAAUUGGUAUGAUGCCCAGUUCCUUGCCCCAUCCCCUCCCUCCUUCCUGCCCUUUUGUCAUUGGGUCCCCGGUUUGACCCCUGACCUUUGACGGCCUCAGCAGGAUGAGUGAGCAUUCGGGAGCGAGCACUCUGGGGGCCAUGACCCUGGAGGAGCCCGGGGGCGAACCGGCCUCCCCUCAGGCCCCGGGGCGUCUCCGCUGUGGGCCCUGUUCGGUGUGGCACCGGCAGCAGACCUGGAUGUGCGCAGUGCCCUUAGUGAUGGGCUUCGUGGGCCUGGGCCUCAGUCUCAUGCUGCUCAAAUGGAUUGUAGUGGGUUCCGUUCAAGACUAUGUGCCCACGGACCUAGUGGAUGCCAAGGGCAUAGGGCAGGACCCCAUCUUUCUCUCUGAACCCAGCGCUCCACCCAAGCGACCAGACACUAUGACCACGACUACGAAGAACACCGCUACCGCGUUUGUCUCCACCACCUCUCCAGCGGCCGACGGCACGGUCCCAGCCCCGAGAACUCAAUUUGGGUUGCCUUCCAACCACUCGGUCCCGCACCUCCACAACUGGGUUGGCAGUGGCACCCGCGUGACUGGCGCCACCACCCGCAUCACACGACUCCCCCCGCCUGGGGGUAAAGAAGUGACCCCACACAGCACCACGGUACUUCGGGUCGGCGGCACAGCCAAUGGUCGUAAGGAUAAGGACCCCCCGAACUCGCGAUCCGGUCCAACCUCCAAAGCUACUAGCACAACUUCGACUGCCAACACCACAAGCAAGGCACUACCACCAACUUUUCCACCAUCUCCCCCAGCCAAGCCCACCGGGCACUGGAAACCUGGAAGAUCUGCGAAAGGGCCCACCACACGCCCUCACCACCGCUACAGAACACUGGCUCCCACAUCCCCUAGUCUGCGUUCAGAUGUCUUCAAGUCAUGCAUCGAUGACAAGGACCUGGCCUUCUGCCUCAAUGAGGGCGAGUGCUCCAUCAUUGAGACAGUAGCAGGAGUACACAGGCACUGCAGUUCGGGCCCUGGGUUUGAACCCCGCCUGUGCAACUGGGUCUUGGACUUCCUGACGGGCCACCCCCAGGUGGUGAAGGUAGGAAACAACACCUCCACUUUGCUGAUCGGCCCCACAAGGGAGCUGAUCGUGGACUUCAGGAAACAGCAGAGGGAGUACGCCCCUAUCCACAUCAGCUUGACCACAGUGGAGAAUGUGGAAAGUUUCAAGUUCCUCAGCGUACACAUCAUUGACUAUCUGAAAUCGUCCACCCACACAGACAGUGUGGUGAAGAAGGUGCAACAGCACCUCUUGAACCUCUGGAGGCUGAAGAAAUUUUACAGAUGCAGAUGUAUCACCGCCUGUUAA